AUGCUGCCGAUCGAGGUGUCCAAAUCUCUGAGCCCGCAAUGGCCCUGUCGGGAAGUUCAAUCGCGGCAGCUCGCCAGUCUACUUGCACCCGGACUGUCUAGCCCAUCCACUGUUGUCAUUCACGGGAUAUCCGCCACCUGCAAGUCAACCAUCGUAACGAACGUCCUUGCACUACUCGAAGUACCGCAUGCUAUUGUCCGGAGUCCGGAAUGUAUUACAGGUCGGCAUUUGUUGACGAAGAUAUUAUGGGCUGUGUUGAACGCAGUGGACCGCAAGGAUGAAUGGGAGCGGUUUGGAAAGGGGCGAUGCGAACAUGUCAGCUCUCUAGCAGUUUUGUUGGGCGAAUGCCUAGCCUCGCACCCUGGAGGAGCACUUGAGAAGUUCGUUUUGGUCCUAGAUGGAAUUGAUAAACAAAGAGAGGCGCCGCCUACACUUUUAUCUGCGCUGGCAAGGCUAGGAGAAGUGAUUCCAUCACUAACCGUCAUUUUGAUCGUCAGUUCCACUCCUCGUCCGCUUUUUCUACAGGCGACGGGAGUUCCCCAUAUCAAUUUUCCUCCAUACACUCGUGAGCAGGCGACUACUAUCAUCCUCAGCGCUGGAGCGCCAGCCGUACCUGGUCUGCCGGCGGAAACUUCAUUACAACUCUAUCCCUACUUUGUCUCCGCUGUGUACGAUUCACUGGUUGGCCCAACCGCAAGUUCUAUACCGGUAUUCAAGUCUAUAUGCGAGAAGCUGUGGCCGCAGUUCGUUGCCCCGAUCACCAGCGGUGAAACCCCGCCUGGCGGUAAUGACGAGUGGGAUUUCUCUCGGCUCCUAGUCAAAAACCGUUCCUUGUUUAGACGGCAAGGCGAGGCCGCUUUAGUCCAUCGUAUAGUUACGGAGGACGCCCCUUCUACUACCCAGAAUGGCGCACUCGCUAAACCAUCAUCCUUAUUAACAUCCAUCUCAGCACCUUCACCUCUUCCAAGCUUACCUUACUUCGCUACUCUUGUCCUGACAUCCGCAUAUCUAGCCUCUCACACUCCGCAAAGACUGGACACAAUCUUUUUCUCAAAGUUCUCCUCCUCAUCAUUGUCUGCGCGGAACAAACGUGCUCACCACCGACGCCGCUUGAAGGUUCUCUCGCAGGCGCAAGCAGCAGAAGACAAGGAAGCGCAAGCACCCGCCAAACGAAGAAGGGGAUUGGGCAAGCGGACAAAGACUCGUAUCACCAAAUCCAUUCUUGAGAAUGCCUUUGCUACCACUUCCGCCACGACAUCUGCUGCAGGCGGUGGUCCCGGUAUCACCGGCCCAUCGACCAUCCUAACCGCUCGUCCUUUCCCCUUGGAAAGACUCAUUGCAAUCUACCAUGCUAUAAACCCCAAUCCCCCUGCAAAUCCGCUACGGCUCACCGCUAUAGCUGACUCGGUCUACUCAGAACUUGCCACGCUACGUCGUCUACGACUAGUUGUCCCCGCGGCUGGACGUGCAAGCGGGAGCCGCUUGGGUCUGGGUUCCGCAGGUGUCAACAGCGGGAACACGACGGCGGACGUGGGAGAAAAAUGGUGUGUAAAUGUCUCCGGCGACUGGAUCGGAGAGAUGGCAAAAGGAAUAGGAAUUGAGGUCGGGGAGUGGUUAGCUGGUGGGCUUGAUUAAGAUUUUUUUAUGGCAGGACACCUGUUACGACUCUUGUUGUCUUUCUCUCACCUUACUUUUUUAUGGAGUGAUGUAACAAUAGCUUGCAUAUCUGGCGUUAGAAAUAGGUAGGCGUAAUACCCUGCGGGCAUGACUCGCUUAGCU